GCUGUUGUUUGUGUUUAGUCCAACACGUUAGCUUGAGUUUGUAGAAGGAGGAAGACUUGAUCGAACACUGUCACCUUUGAGAAGCGUCGUAUUUCUUGACUGCUGACUACAGAGAAGACGAGAGCUGCGACACUCAACAUGUUCCUCAGAAUUCUGCUGAUUUUCUCCGGAGCGUUUUGCGUCUGUGCAGAAAAAAGUCUUGAGUUGUGUCACGUCUUUGGAUGCUAUGAUUCAAGUGACACUCAACUGUGCACGACGCUGGACGAUGACGAAGUCUACUACGCAGACUUUAAAAAAGAGAUUCUUAUUUGGGAUAGUAAAAUACCUUCAAGUUUUCAUGUUCCCUGGGCUUACAAAUAUGCACUGAAAUACCGAACUAUGUGUAAAGGUGACAUGCAAAGAUGGAAAACAGACAAGUCGAUCAUAAAGAAGAAGAAGCCUCCAGAUAUCAUCAUGUACUCCAGAGAUGAGGUGGUAAAGGAGGAAGAUAACACCCUCAUCUGCUUCAUCAACAACUUCUUCCCUCCCAAAAUCAACAUCACGUGGACCAAGAAUGACAUAGAAUUAACAGAGGAAGAGCCUUUCAUUACAUUUUUACCCAAUCCUGACGGGACGUUCCAUUUUUUCUCCCGUCUGGACUUCACCCCGACAGACGGAGACAUUUACAGCUGCACGGUGGAGCACGAAGCGCUGGAGACGCCUCAGACCAAGUUUUGGGAAGUUGAGAUCGAGGAAGCCAGCAGUGGUCCAGCCAUCUUCUGUGGCCUCGGCCUGACUCUGGGAGUUCUGGGAGUUGUUGGAGGAACAUUCCUCUUUGUGAAAGGAAACCAUUAUCAGGGCGUCCUGGAGCCUUCUGGUUGACACGUGGGACACAUCCAGACUGGCUUUGUGUUUGCUGGCAGUUUGUUUUGGUGCCACUUUCUCCCGUCUCUUGCUUGCUGAUAUCAGUCUGUCAGGAAUGAAGGUUUUUCUUUAUAGUUUGUGUUGUCACUUGUUUAUCUGUUUUGCUUUGUGAAUCCAUAACUCACAAUAAAUACAUGAUUUAUAUUUUCCA